GGCACAGAGGAGCUGGAGGUGAGGAUCAUGGUCCAGGCCCGCCCCGGACAGGACAUCAGGCCAAUCGGUCAUGACAUCAGGCGAGGGGAGUGUGUGUUGGCCAAAGGGACACACAUGGGCCCAUCAGAAAUCGGCCUGCUGGCUACAGUGGGAGUGACAGAGGUCAGCGUGCACAAGUUCCCCGUGGUGGCCGUUAUGUCCACUGGAAACGAGCUGUUGAAUCCAGAGGAUGACCUCCACCCAGGGAAAAUCCGCGACUCCAACCGCUCCACUCUGCUGUCCACCAUCCAGGAACACGGAUAUCCCACCAUCAACCUGGGCAUCGUUGGAGACAA